CGGCACCGGGGUCACGAACUCUGACCUUUCACUGACAAAAACAAUAACAAACCCCUCCUUCCCCGCGACCCCGGCGGCGCCUCCGGGCCCGCCCUCGCCGCCCCACUCCCACCUGGGCGUCUCGUCUCUCGCCCGCUGACCUGCGAGCCCGCGGCCCGGGGCUCCCGCCAUCCGCCGACGCCGGGAAGCCGGCCUCCCCGCGCCCUGCCCUCCGCGCCGGGGGCCGCCCGCCGCAGACACGGGACCUGCUUCGAGGUCGCUUUGGCGCCAAAUCCUGAGGUUCUCUAAUGAUCUUGCUUCACCAUGGCUACAAAUAUGGAGGGGCUGGUUCAGCACAGAGUGGGGACCCAGCAGGUGGCUGAGGUACCACGUACACAGACUUCUCGGCCGGAAUCUCCAGGGAUGACCAGCCCCUCCCCGCGCAUCCAGAUAAUCUCCACUGAUUCUGCGGUAGCCUCACCUCAGCGCAUUCAGAUCGUGACAGACCAGCAGACAGGACAGAAGAUCCAGAUAGUCACCGCAGUGGACGCCUCCGGAUCCCCCAAGCAGCAGUUCAUCCUGACCAGCCCAGAUGGAGCUGGAACUGGGAAGGUGAUCCUGGCUUCCCCGGAGACCUCCAGUGCCAAGCAGCUCAUAUUCACCACCUCGGACAACCUUGUCCCUGGCAGGAUCCAAAUCGUCACGGACUCUGCUUCUGUGGAGCGUCUUCUGGGGAAGGCCGACGUCCAGCGGCCCCAGGUGGUAGAGUACUGUGUGGUGUGUGGCGACAAAGCCUCAGGCCGUCACUAUGGGGCUGUCAGUUGUGAAGGCUGCAAAGGUUUCUUCAAAAGGAGCGUAAGGAAAAAUUUGACCUACAGCUGCCGGAGCAAUCAAGACUGCAUCAUCAAUAAACACCACCGGAACCGCUGUCAGUUUUGCCGGCUGAAAAAAUGCUUAGAGAUGGGCAUGAAGAUGGAAUCUGUGCAGAGUGAACGGAAGCCCUUUGAUGUGCAGCGGGAGAAACCAAGCAAUUGUGCUGCUUCAACGGAGAAAAUCUAUAUCCGGAAGGACCUGAGAAGUCCUCUGAUAGCCACACCAACAUUUGUGGCAGAUAAAGAUGGAGCAAGACAAACAGGUCUUCUUGAUCCAGGGAUGCUUGUGAACAUCCAGCAGCCUUUGAUACGUGAGGAUGGUACGGUUCUCCUGGCCACAGAUUCCAAGGCUGAAACAAGCCAGGGAGCCCUGGGCACACUGGCAAAUGUAGUAACUUCCCUUGCCAACCUAAGUGAAUCCCUUAACAAUGGUGACACUUCAGAAAUGCAGCCAGAGGACCAGUCUGCAAGUGAGAUUACUCGGGCAUUCGACACCUUAGCUAAAGCACUUAACACCACAGACAGCUCCUCACCUCCAAGCCUGGCGGAUGGGAUAGACGGCAGUGGAGGAGGGAGCAUCCACGUCAUCAGCAGAGACCAGUCCACACCCAUCAUUGAGGUCGAAGGCCCCCUCCUUUCAGACACUCACGUCACAUUUAAGCUCACGAUGCCCAGCCCGAUGCCCGAGUACCUCAACGUGCACUACAUCUGCGAGUCCGCGUCCCGCCUGCUCUUCCUCUCCAUGCACUGGGCCAGGUCCAUCCCGGCCUUUCAGGCACUUGGGCAGGACUGCAACACCAGCCUGGUGCGGGCCUGCUGGAACGAGCUCUUCACCCUCGGCCUGGCCCAGUGCGCCCAGGUCAUGAGCCUCUCCACCAUCCUGGCCGCCAUUGUCAACCACCUGCAGAACAGCAUCCAGGAAGAUAAACUUUCUGGCGACCGGAUAAAGCAAGUCAUGGAGCACAUCUGGAAGCUUCAGGAGUUCUGUAACAGUAUGGCGAAGCUGGAUAUAGACGGCUAUGAGUAUGCAUACCUUAAAGCUAUAGUUCUCUUUAGCCCCGAUCAUCCAGGUUUGACCAGCACAAGCCAGAUUGAAAAAUUCCAAGAAAAGGCACAGAUGGAGUUGCAGGACUAUGUUCAGAAAACCUACUCGGAAGACACCUACCGGUUGGCCCGGAUUCUCGUCCGCCUGCCAGCACUCAGGCUGAUGAGCUCCAACAUAACAGAAGAACUUUUUUUUACUGGUCUCAUCGGCAAUGUUUCAAUAGACAGCAUAAUCCCCUACAUCCUCAAGAUGGAGACAGCAGAGUAUAACGGCCAGAUCACCGGAGCCAGCCUAUAGCGCACACCUCACACCUGCCGAGGAGCACAGGAUCCGCCCAGGACCGCUCAAAUACAAAGAAAAUAAGUAGUGGUAUUUUGGUAUGUGCAAAUAUUUCCAGUAUCUUAGCUAUUUCCUACCUGGUUUCUUCUUAUCUGUUAAUCCCAGACAGUAGCAACUAAAAGACUAGUAGGAUCCUUUCCUGCCAUAAGAAAUGUUUUAAUGCCUUUUGAUGAAGCAGCAGAUUUUGGAACAAUCUUUUAACUCAGUUUUUAUUUAGAAAUUCUCAAAGGGCAAAAAAAAAGCAAAGUUUUAU